UUAAAUAGGAUUCACACUAUAACGCAUAUCAUAUUUUAAAUAACAAUUUCAACACUAACAUUAUAUGUUAUUUAAGUCCUAUGUCAGUCCGGAUCAGGCCCAACUCUCCCGUGCCUUCACUCGGAGUCUAUUUCUAUUCAUGGUCUGGCUCUGAUUGUGGACCCUCCCAGUGUGUGUUCGGUUUUUUCUAGUGUCAGUUGUUCAUGCUUAUUAGGAAGAGAGGGAGUUGUCAGAGGUUCGGUACUGAGGGAUGCUGCUUCUUUGGGCCACAGCUACCUAGGUGAGGACAUCUCCGACCCCUGCUCAAGCAAACAACCUGUGUGCUUCCAUUUUGGACUACCUCACCACUAAAAGUCCAAACCAAGACCAGGAGCAUGGAGACGAGCCCCAUCCCGGUGGUGACAGUCCAAACCACCCCCUUUGAUGACCAGAGACCCGGUACCAACGGACUGCGGAGGAAGACGGCCGUGUUCGAGGGGAAGAAGAACUACCUGCAGAACUACAUCCAGAGCGUCUUGUCCUCCAUGGAUCUGCGGGACCGGCAGGGGUGCACCAUGGUGGUGGGCAGCGAUGGACGCUACCUCAGCCGGGGAGCCAUAGAGGUCAUAGUGCAGAUGGCAGCCGCCAAUGGGAUCGGUCGCCUGGUAAUCGGUCACAAUGGCCUCCUGUCCACCCCUGCUACCUCCUGCAUCAUCAGGAAGAUCAAGGCCAUUGGAGGAAUCAUCCUCACAGCCAGCCACAAUCCCGGGGGCCCCGGAGGAGACUUUGGUGUCAAGUUUAACGUGGCGAACGGAGGCCCAUCCCCAGACUCGGUGAUGGAGAGGAUUCAUCAGGUGAGCCGCACACUGGAGGAGUACGCCACCUGCCCUGACCUCCGCAUUGACCUCUCGAGGUUGGGACGACAUGACUUUGACCUCGAGAACAAGUUUAAACCAUUUAGAGUGGAAAUUGUGGACUCUGUAGAGGUUUACCUUCAAAUGCUGCGAAACAUCUUCGACUUCAGCGCCAUCAAAGGUCUCCUGACGGGACCAGACCAGUUGAAGAUCCGCAUAGACGCAAUGAACGGAGUGAUGGGCCCUUAUGUCCGUAGGAUCCUUUGCGAUGAGCUCGGGGCCCCGGCUAACUCCGCUGUCAACUGCGUCCCCCUGGAGGACUUCGGGGGCCGGCCCCCUGAGCCCAACAUGACGUAUGCCUCUUCCCUGGUGGAUGCCAUGAAAGGUGGCGACUUUGGCUUUGGUGCUGCGUUGGAUGCAGACGGGGACCGCUACAUGAUCCUCGGGGAGAACGCUUUCUUCGUGAACCCGUCGGACUCUGUCGCCAUCAUGGCCGCCAACCUCACCUCCAUCCCUUACUUCCGACAGCUCGGCGUAAAGGGCUUCGCCAGGAGUAUGGCCACCAGCAUGGCACUCGAUAGGGUCGCCAAAGCCAUGAAACUGGUGCUGUAUGAGACUCCUACUGGUUGGAGGUACUUUGGCAACCUGAUGGACUCCGGACGUUGCUCUCUCUGUGGAGAGGAAAGUUUCGGGACAGGUUCAGACCACAUUCGUGAAAAAGAUGGCUUGUGGUCAGUGUUGGUGUGGUUGUCAAUCAUGGCGACAAGGAAGCAGACCGUGGAGCAGAUUGUCAAAGAGCACUGGGCCAAGUUUGGACGCAACUACUUCUGCAGGUUUGACUAUGAAGGCCUUGACCCCCGCGCUGCCUUUUACCUGAUGAGGGAUCUGGAGUCAGUCAUAUUGGACAAAGCGUUCACCAGCCAGAAGUUCGCUGUCGGAGAGCAUGUGUACGGCGUGGAGAGGACCGACAAUUUUGAGUACAUUGACCCUGUCGAUGGAACAGUGGCGAGACAUCAGGGUUUGAGGAUCGUCUUUGGCGAUGCGUCCCGUCUGGUGUUUCGUAUGAGCGGAAGCGGCGGUGGGAUGGGCGCCACCAUCCGCAUCUAUGCAGAGAGCUUCGAGAGAGACCCUGAGAGACACAACAGAGAGACACAGGUAGUGCUGGGUCCGCUCAUCGCCAUCGCACUGAAGAUCUCCAACAUUCACGAGAGGACGGGACGCCGCGGCCCUAACGUUAUCACAUGAGUAGUACCUGCUUUCCAUGUGUCUUCUGCAGCUUCAUUCCGUGCACGCCUACCGAGGUGCUUAUUUCAAUUAUUUGGAAUAAAAAACAACAAAAAGGCCCCACACCGUUGUAAUUAGUGACCACUAUCACGUUUUCCUUAUCUCCCAUCAAGAAUGAACUAUUCGAUUAUGGAUGAAUGGUGAGAAAUGGCAUACAUAUUCUUCAACUUGCAUGUGCCUUGGUUUUGUGUUUUAUGUCGUUGUUUUGCAUCUGUCAUCAGGAAUGACUCACCGACUUCCAUGCUGAGUUUGUUGCCAUGUUUCCCAUGUUGUUUGUAUGCUCCACUAUGAAAGACUUUGUUGUCAAAUAAAAGCAGGAAAUGCAUCACAACAAAUAAAUCUGAAUCAAAUAAAUAUGAAGAGUUUAGAGUUUUUAGGGUUCAAUUAAUAUAUUUGAUAUGAAGGUAAUCCAAUAGGAGAGUUAGUGUGCUCCAGAACAAUGCAAGGCUUGUGUAUUCUUCUUGGAAGUCAACAGGUUCUGCAUGAAGAUAAGAAAAAGAGCAUUGAUCUUUACGAGACAUCAAACCGACACUGAGAACAGGAACUCGUAAACAUGCUGAUUGCCGGGGUUAUGAGUUGAGGAUGUCCCAGUGGAUAUCCGCAUGUCUUCACCCAGUUAGUGCCCUUCUUUAACAGCCACUUAUUGCACCUUGUUGCACCAUCAGGCCUUUUUUUUAACAUAAUGUCACAGGUAAUGUCUAAGAGGAGUAAUAGAAUCAGA